AUGGUCUGUGAACUUUGUGAACUGACCACUCACGUGAGCCGAGAAACAUAUCCGAACAAGCAGCGACUCUCAAAAUGGUGCGCCUCGUUUACACACGACCUUCACCAUCAAUGCCUCCUCUGCAGUGCUGCUCCCCAGGGCGCUCACACUGCAGGUACAGACAUUGCUGCCUUGAAGACAGGAAGGUCUAUUCCACCUUUGGUCAGAGAAAAUCGUUGUGCGCAGAACAACGCAUGGCAAAGUGUGGAGAGUGAAGCUAUUCUGCUCAGUCAGCAAAGGUUACUCUGUGAGAAAAUUCCGGAUUUGAAUGCAAUCCUGAUAGGAACUUUCAUUCUGAAGAAGCAGCAUGUAGUUCAAAGAGGACUAAUCCUUAUAGAUGAAACCUUCAGACCACCUGCUGGAAUGCAGCCAAAUGCUCCGCAAAGCCAUGACCUUGCAUUUGUAGCAGCUGAGCACCCAACAAUCCACAUUGUGCAUCUUCUUCUGGGGCCUCCUCGCACUGGCCCUGAGCCCCAGCAGCCAAACCCCCUGGUGCAGGGCUACUCGCAGGGCCACCUCCACAGGGCUGAAGAGUCGGAUCGUGGAUUAACGGCAUCUUUUCUUACAAAGAAGCUAAAUAUUGGUGGGAAAAGAGUAAACCUUGCAAUAUGGGAUACAGCUGGUCAAGAAAGAUUUCAUGCAUUGGGGCCGAUCUACUACAGGGAUUCUAAUGGCGCUAUUCUAGUAUAUGAUAUAACAGAUGAAGACUCUUUUCAAAAGGUAAAAAACUGGGUUAAGGAAUUAAGAAAAAUGUUGGGAAAUGAAAUCUGUUUAUGUAUAGUAGGUAACAAAAUAGACUUGGAAAAAGAGAGACACGUUUCAGUGCAAGAAGCAGAAACGUAUGCUGAAUCUGUUGGAGCAAAACAUUAUCACACUUCAGCUAAACAGAACAAAGGAAUUGAAGAACUGUUUCUUGACCUUUGUAAAAGAAUGAUAGAAACUGCUCAAGUGGAUGAAAGAGCAAGAGGCAAUGGUUCCAGUCAGUCAGGAGCAGCAAGGCGAGGUGUACAGAUCAUUGAUGAUGAACCACAAGUACAGAGCAGUGGAGGGUGCUGUUCUUCUGGAUAACUAUAAAACUGUGCAUCACUGCCCUCUCAAUUUGAAGACUGCCAUAUUCCAAGUCACGCAUUCUUUACCAAUGGAGUAAUAGAAUUAACAGUAUUUAAAAAUAAUCACAUGUAACACUGCAGAGACCUUAAGUGCUAAACUAGUGGCGUCUGUGACCAGAGAAUUGGCGUUUUCUACAGUGGUUAACAAAGCAAUUACCAAUGGCCUUUUUACAUAUUUUUCUUUAAUGAGGAAUAAUAUGCAUGUAGAAAAGACCUACUUAAAGGCUUCAUUUAUAUUCUUUUAAAUCAGAUCAUUAUUUAAUAACUUAUAUACAUGUUGUUGGAAUGGUAUACGUUUUUGCAGCUCUUUGUAUUUUGUGGUAGAUUGAAUUGUAUCACUUCUAAAAUGCAAACUGAUUUUUUUUUUUAAAUUAGCAGAUAUCUGAAGUAAUAUUUUUGCAGGGCCUCUACAAGCCUAUAACUGUCAACUACUUUGAUAUAUUCUGUUCAUCCUGUAUGCCAAGCUGGUAAAAUACAUUGUAAAUUACAUAUUAAAUAUUUUAUCUGCUUUUACAAUUGCAGGUGCAGAAAUAUGUACAUCAGUCUUGUCAGUGAUUGUGAAGUGACUAAGUCAGUGAAAGGUGCAAGCUUUUCAUGUGUAUUGUUGACUUGCUCGUUCUAUUCCCCCUACCUUGAAAACAGCUUUUUUUGUUACAUCCGUAGCUACAGCAUUUUUUAAGCCUUUUCUGGCAAGUAGCAGUAUUUAGAGUACCUCCUUAGUGGGAAGGGAAUGCUUCCUUUGACUGCUGUUUAACAUUGAGGUGUUUGACUCCCAGCUAAAACAGUUGGUGCAUGCAUAUCUCUUGCCUCUGCAGUUACUUUGGCCUCAGAAUAUCCCCAGAAAGUCUGUCUGGUAGUCAAUAAACCAGAUGCAUGGGAAACUCUUAAGCUGCGUUAAUACAUUUGUGUCUCAAGACAGCAUUAUAAAUUAUUAAUGAGCAUA